AUUCAUAGACAUACAUCCACUCCCACCCACGGAUUGAGUCCCUCUCUCUAAAAUAAGUAGAGCAAUGGAUGAUGAUGAAGUAGUGAUUAUCGGGGCGGGGAUUUGUGGAUUAGCGACGGCCCUUGCUCUUCAUAGGAAGGGAAUAAAAAGCGUAGUAAUGGAGAGAUCUGAAAGUCUGAGGAACGUCACUGGAGCAGCAAUAGGAAUCCAGCCAAAUGGGUGGCGAGCUCUUGAUCAACUCGGCGUAAGUGAAAACCUCCGCCACACUGCUGUCCGUCUUCGGAGGUAUAGGGAACUAGACAUAUCUCGAGGGAAGCAAAAAGAAAUAUCAUUGAACCCAAUGGAUGGUGAAACACGUUGGUUAAGAAGAAAGGAUCUUAUAGACACUCUUUAUGCUGAGCUUCCUCCUGGUACUGUAAAAUUUGGCUGCCAACUUGAAUCAAUAAAACUUGACUCUCAUUCUAGCAAACCAGUUCUUCGGUUCAUUGAUGGAAGCUCCAUCAUAGCUAAGGCAUUAAUUGGUUGUGAUGGUGGCAAGUCAAUAGUUGCGGAAUUCCUUGGCCUCAAGCGUACAAAGAUAUUUCCUUUAUGCGCGAUUAGAGGUUUAACAUACUACCCAAGUGGCCAUUCACAUGACUAUGAAUUUGCUAAGAUCAACAAAGACAACAUUAGUGUGGGAAGAGUUCCAAUUGAUGAUAACUUGGUUUACUGGUUUUGUUUGUUUCCCUACAUCCCUAAAGAUGGAAAAGUUUGGGAAGAUCCUGAGGUAAUACGACAAUUGACCCUAGAGCUUCUAAGCAAUCAUCCCCAAGAGAUUCAACAAAUGGUUGUGAACGCAGACAUGAAGUCAUUAUCUAUUACACAUUUGAGAUAUCGUGCACCAUGGGACUUGUUAACUAGCUCAUUUUGUAAAGGAACGGUGAUGGUUUCUGGUGACGCUAUGCAUAUCAUGGGCCCGUUUUUAGCGCAAGGUGGUGCAGCAGGGAUAGAAGAUGCAGUUGUUUUGGCUAGAACAAUAGCUCAACUAGAUUUGAAUAGUGUUGAAAGUGGGAGUAUGAUAAUGGUACGCAAUCUUGAGGAAGCGUUUAAUCAAUUUGUGAAACAACGAAGGAUGAGGGUGGUACGAUUAUCAUUGCAGUCUUACAUCAUUGGUAUGCUAUCGGGUGCUCCAUCACUUCUAAAGAAGAUUAUGUGCAUUAUGUUACUAGUUGUUCUCUUUCCCAAUCCGUAUAAUCAUGUUGAUUAUGAUUGUGGUGACCUUUGAUAUGUUCGAAGAUCUUUAGACUUGUUUCUUUGAUGUAUUACUACAUGUUUUUAGACAUGUUUAUAUCCAAUGACAAUAUGAUUAAUAAUUGAAAUUCAAGAA